AUGACUAUACGUCAGAAGUUAAAUUUACAAGCAAAACAAUAUUUUGUUGCUCUACGUCCUUGGUCAUUCUCAGCCUCUGUGAUUCCAGUGGCCCUGGGUUGUGUUUUAGCUUACAAAACUACCGGCGAAUUUUCAGUUACAGUAUUUAUUCUGACUCUUAUAACUGCACUUUCAGUCCAUGCUGCGGGAAAUUUAGUUAACACAUAUUUUGAUUAUUUUCAUGGAAUUGACAGUAAAAAGAGUGAUGACAGAACAUUAGUUGAUAAUAUUUUAUCGCCAAAUGACGUGGCUUGGUUGGGUGGAGUGUUUUAUGUUGUUGGUUGUUUUGGAUUUUUGUGUUUGACAUUUACAUCUCCGAGUAAAAUGGAACAUCUGGCACUGAUAUAUUUUGGAGGAUUAUCAGGAAGUUUUUUAUAUACUGGAGGACUUGGUCUCAAAUACAUUGCACUGGGAGAUUUGUUAAUCUUCUUAACUUUUGGUCCAGUUACAAUCCUGUUCUCAUUUUUAAGCCAAACUGGACAAUUUUCACUCAUGUGUAUCUGUUAUGCCAUUCCACUGGCUCUCAACACGGAAGCCAUCUUACAUAGUAACAAUACAAGAGAUAUGGAAUGUGAUAAGAAAGCUGGAAUCGUGACGUUAGCUAUAUUAUUAGGACAUACUGGAUCUUAUAUAUUGUUUUCUCUUCUCCUAUUUAUUCCUUAUUUAAUGUUUGUGUUACUGGCAAUUCACUAUACAAAAUGGAUGUUUCUACCUGCAUGCUCAGUAUUUUUAGCUUUUAAAUAUGAGAAAAUGUUUCGAAGAGGGGAGCUAUUCUAUUUGCCAAAACAUAUCGCUAAGUUAAAUCUAGUCAUGGGUGUGCUGUAUAUUGCUGCCUGUUUAUUUGCUUCUAAAGAUGAUUUGCCCAAAUUAUUGUGA